AUGGUACCGGAGUUGACUGCGACGUCUGUAGGAGUACCGGCGACGGCUUCUUCCUCUUCAACCGUAGACGCAGACAAGAACUUAAAGAAUAUUUUGACUGAGUUGCUUUCUUGCUCUCCGGAUGAGCUUGAGGGGGAUGCUGGUGUCAAGCUUUUGAAUGAACGCUUGAAUAUCAAACCCGUUGAUAAAGAAAUGCUUUCCUUCCCUGAAGUUCCUGACUUUCCAGAUGUUAGAAGAAUGGACUUGAAGGCAUCUGGAAGGAACCCAUCAAACCAAAGGACUGCGCUGUCAAAUAUACAGAAUUUGCCAAAAGGGAUCAAUAGUGAUGCAGCUCGAAAAGAUAGCAUGUCAUCAUCAUCAAUUCCACCAGAGGAUCACAUUUCAGUUCCUGAGAGUCAUUAUUUGGUUCCAGGAGAUCGACAGUCUAGAGAGGUUGAUUUAGUAAAGGAUUUGAAUGCCGGUUUCAGAUCUUCAGUGGCCAACAAUGUCGAUAAAGUUAUAACUAGUGCAUCCCCGUCUAAUUUGGACACCUCAUACGUCGCCAGCGAUUUUAACAGCUCUGUGCAGAAGAGUUCCUGUAAAGAUGGUUCUGAUACUCAUUCUGGCAUCCAUAGAUCUCAUUCAGGUCCAGUUGGGGACGCAGAUAAUUGUGUGGACGAUGGCAUUACAAACAGAGAUUCAGUCACACUAGAGGUGAAUGUAGAUAUGCAGACAAAAGGAAAUGAGAUAGAUGUGCCCGUGAGUGAAAGUGAAGCAAACAGAAACACUGGAAGAAGAAAAAACGAUUCUGAUAUCAAUGAAGGAACUGAACUAUUAGACAACCUGGCGGAAUAUGCAUCUAAAGAGGCUGCAAGAAUGGAUCCUUUCACUGUAGAAGAGGAUAACAUCUCAGAUCAGCAAGAUGAAUCCUCAAAAUCUCCAAACAGAGCUCCAGAACAAUACAACACAAUGGAUGGAUCCGUUGAACAUGCAGAGCACAUUCAAGGUCAACAUGGCGAGGAAAAGGACAACACAGACACAGCUUGUGGGCUUCAAGAAGUAAAUGCUCAGGAGGUUCACAGCUCUUCUCAGAAACAAACAAGUGAACGAAGAAAGAGAGGAGGAUCUAGUGAUAGCAAUAUGAAAAAGCGAAGCAAAACCGUGCAUAAUGAGAGCGAGGGAGACAAGCGAAUGGAAACUGUCACACGUGACAGUGGAGCAAAGAAGCAACCCAAAAGAAAUUCGAACGAGAGAGAAGAGAAGAAGAAGAACCAAAUGAAAAAAGUAACACGCGAGGGUAAAAUAUUCUCUCGUAGGAAAAGCCUUGCAGGUGCUGGUACUAAAUGGGAUUCUGGUGUGAGACGAAGUACAAGGAUCAAGUCGAGACCACUUGAAUACUGGAAAGGUGAAAGAUUCUUGUUCGGACGCAUUCACGAGAGUUUGACUACUGUGAUCGGCAUAAAGUAUGCAACUGCAUCACCAGACAUGAAGGGCAGGAGGGAAAAGCAGCGAGAUAUGAAUGUCAAAUCAUUUGUCUCAGAUGAGUACAAAGAGCUGCUUGAUUCGGUCGCUUUGCAUUGA